AUGGAUACUAGACCUCGUUGGUUUCAACAUCAGGGCCCUAGAGAACUUAUUCCGCCCUAUUUCCCCGGGCUUAUUAUUCUGAGAUGCCUUGUUCACUCAGGUCUGGGGCAAACCCCCCUAGCUCUCACUUCCAACCAACCAAGCACCUCUCUUGAUACUGAGGUUAAUCAACAGACAACCAACUUCUUGGAAAAUAACAUUCCAAGCCCCUCGACAACCAGCUCUGAUGAGUUAUCUUCGCACAAAACCUCUGAAUUCUCUCUCUCCGAGGACGAGGACGAAGACGAAAGUGAAGAGAACACAUCAGACAAUCCCCCCGAAAGAGCAGCAACCCACAACAAUAUCUCUUGCGAGUUUGCUGGCACUUGCCAGAUGGACAGGGAGCAACAUACCCAUUACAGGAAGAUCAUCUCGCAUGUUUUCGGCAGAAACAAGUCUACCACCAAGGUCUUCCCCGAAUAUGUCUGGGUCCAUUACUGCCGCAAGCACUACCAGCGGGCAAGAUACCGUGCGGGACAAUGGCCUUUCACUCAGUGUGAUCUCCUGAUCGAAUCUCUUUCUCGAAUGGAGGAGUGGGGUGGUGUUAAGAGCUUCCUCCUUAUUCUGCGGCGACGAGAGCAAGAGCGUCGCCACAAUACCAAUACUGAUGAAGACAUUUCCGGAUCUACGACAAAUUCACCUCGCCCUCCAUCUGGCUCUGGCUCAGCUGUAAAAUUAUCUCCUAUUGGCCGUAGGAACCCAAUAGCUGUGACUGCCCCUGUUCCAGACUGGCUUCUGGAACGACUCGGAUCUGACCUAACCUUUAACGAUAUUCGAGAAAUUAUUCGCCAAAUUCGUCAACAUAUGGAAGAAGUUCAGAGGAGCAAUGAAGAAGCAGAAGAGGAGGCCGCCAAAGACGCUCAUUCCGCCGAAGCCUCAAAGACAAAGAAAGGCAAAGCUCGCCGCGGCAGCUCCACCUCCACCUCCAAGCGCACACACAAUGAGGUUCGAUUUCCCGAUAUUGAGAUUAUUCCUAUAUUUGAGCAGUGGGCUUUGGAAGAUCACAAAAUUUUACGCGAGCAGCAGAAGAACGACAAGGAGAAGGAUAGUUCUUCGCAGAAUUCGAAGACUAAGCCUUCGACCUCGAGCAAGAAGCGUUCGAAUCUGACUUCUGCUGCCGGAAAUAGUUCUACGCCUCGAGGGAAACGAGGCUCAUCAGCUAGGACUACUCCUAGUUCUCGUCAAUCCUUAGAUCGCGUAAAUGAGCGUGGUGGGGUAAAGAAGCCCUCGACGACCAAGGCCUCUAAUGCCAGCACCAACUACCAAAGGCCGCCGAAUGGUAAAGGCAAAGGCAAAGGGCCAUCGCGCAAAAGAUGA